AUUACGUUAAUUUUUUUUAUUUCAGAUUGGCGGGAUCACAGCGAUCAUAAAACACAACUGAAACUGAAAUGGAGGAACAGUGGAGACGUGCAGACAAAUUAUCUCCUUUGAGAAUUGCGAGACAUGGUGGGUCAUUUUUGCUAAUUAAAUGAUAGUAAUAACAGUAACAUAGGAAGGGAUAAUAGCUUGUGAGCCUCUGAGGCUCACGUGAUCAAUGAAAACAACUUGACGCAUGACUCAACGAUAAAAGACGAAUGACUGGCAGGACGGGUAGCUAAAACAAUCACACCGGACAGCGCGAAGAAGAGUUACGUGAUACCUUUUUUUUUUUCUUAAUGAAGGAGUAAGAUUUGUGGGUUACCGUAAAUUUGAUCGCAAGAAAUUUCGUCGAAGGUAAAUUGACCGACGAAAAUUUGAUCGAAUGGAAAUUUGGUCGAAUCUUUUUUUCAGUUCACACGUUAAAAUUUUCGUCAAAUUUCUUUUUGAACGCACUAUACUAUAUAGUAAAACAAAAUAAUGCGUUCAAAAAGAAAUUUGAAGCACAAUUUUAACAUAAAAACUGAAAGAGAAAAAAAAUUGACCAAAUUUCCGUUCGAUCAAAUUACCGUCGAUCAACUUACCGUCGAAAAUUUCCGGAUACCGGUACGAGAUUUGUGAGUUUGAAUGAUUCAUUCAACGGGUCUUCCCAAACUGGUGUGCAAAGUUGCUUUUCAUAGGUUGCCAAAAAAAAAAAAUGAUUAUAAGAAUACGGGAGCCGUUGUUUUGUAAGAUAUCAUAUGAUAAGAAUGGUUAUAUAUUUAUAUUUAAGAUUUUACUUAAUGAUUAUAUUAUAAAAACACAACAAGGUCAAAACCCCAUUUUGUAAUUCAAUAAUUUUUUUUUUAAACACUUAAAGUCCAUUUUUUUAAUUUUAAAAAAAAAAUGAGUUAUUACUUUUGUAAGGGCCUGUCAGACUUAUUGAAACAUUUUAUAUGGGGUCCCGAAUAUAUAAAGGUUGGGUUAUUAGAAAAGUGUUUCAAUUCUAAACAUAUUGAUACAGAAAAUUUUAUUUUUUGUGUAAUAUAAUAUAUUACACUAAAAUUGUAUGUCUUUUUAAAUGAGGACACUCUUGUAUGAAACUGAGAAAAUGUGCCAGUUAAACCAUGCACUUAUACUGAAUAAUUUUUUUUCUCUUUAAAUUCAACUUUUUGGGAUUAUUCAAAAUUAUUUUGGAUAUAUAUAUAUAUAUAUAUAUAUNNUAUAUAUUUUUUUUUUUUUUAAAUUUAUUUGAAUCUGUUUGUAGAAAGUUAUGGCCACAGGCGUUAACAGGGGUUUGUGUCACCCCAGUGCGGCCCCAAUACAGCCUUAGAGACGCCAGUGAUUAUGGCAGCACAUAUUGAGACUGGAGACACGUUUUCCAUUGUUUAUUAUUUUUUUUUUAUAACUAGUAGACGAUAUUGCCUGACAGCAUCAUGCAACUUUCUAAUUUAUUACAUUUUUAUAAUUAGCCGUGGUUAUUGACUUCUUACAAUGCCGGUGUCUCUAGGUCUGCCUCCUUACCGUAACAAUGUAGGCUUGUCUAGUUCUGCCUCCUUACUGUAACAAUGUAGGCAUCUUUAGGUCUGCCUCCUUACUGUAACAAUGUAGGCUUCUUUAGGCCUGCCUUCUUACUGUAACAAUGUAGGCUUCUUUAGGUCUGCCUCCUUACUGUAACAAUGUAGGCUUCUUUAGGUCUGUCUCCUUACUGUAACAAUGUAGGCUUCUUUAGGUCUGCCUCCUUACUGUAACAAUGUAGGCUUCUUUAGGUCUGCCUCCUUACUGUAACAAUGUAGGCUUGUCUAGUUCUGCCUCCUUACUGUAACAAUGUAGGCAUCUCUAGGUCUGCCUCCUUACUGUAACAAUGUAGGCUUCUCUAGGUCUGCCUCCUUACUGUAACAAUGUAGGCUUCUUUAGGUCUGCCUCCUUGCUGUAACAAUGUAGGCUUCUUUUGGGCUGUCCCCUUAUCGUAACAAUGUAGGCUUCUCUAAUUCUGCUUGUAUAAUUUUUUUUAAAUUCGGUAAUGCACACGUUAUUCUGUAAUUAGCGCGGUUUAUCACAAUAUGUUCACAAUUAAAGUAAUUAGUUCUGCUUGCAUGCAUCCAUAUUCAUAUUUAAAUAUAUAUUUCCUACACCUUGCGGGUAAAUCGUUGGGGGGCAUUCUUGUUGCCACUGUAAGCAAGCAACGAAAACCACUCUUCAUAAACUUUUAUCAAGUUUAUUUUGAUGUUGAUGUUAUUGUUUGCCCCCAGAACGUAAUGUUUGUGGCGAAUCUUGAAUUUUAUCAUCACGCACAAUGCUAUGAUGUAAUUUUAUCAUCACGCACAAUGCUAUGAUGUAAUUGUAUCAUCACGCACAAUGCUAUGAUGUAAUUGUAUCAUCACGCACAAUGCUAUGAUGUAAUUGUAUCAUCACGCACAAUGCUAUGAUGUAAUUUUAUCAUCAUGCACAAUGCUAUGAUGUAAUUUUAUCAUCACGCACAAUGCUAUGAUGUAAUUGUAUCAUCACGCACAAUGCUAUGAUGUAAUUGUAUCAUCACGCACAAUGCUAUGAUGUUAUUUUAGCAUCACGCACAAUGCUAUGAUGUAAUUUUAGCAUCACGCACAAUGCUAUGAUGUAAUUUUAGCAUCACGCACAAUGCUAUGAUGUAAUUGUAUCAUCACGCACAAUGCUAUGAUGUAAUUUUAUCAUCACGCACAAUGCUAUGAUGUAAUUGUAUCAUCACGCACAAUGCUAUGAUGUAAUUGUAUCAUCACGCACAAUGCUAUGAUGUAAUUUUAUCAUCACGCACAAUGCUAUGAUGUAAUUGUAUCAUCACGCACAAUGCUAUGAUGUAAUUGUAUCAUCACGCACAAUGCUAUGAUGUAAUUUUAUCAUCACGCACAAUACUAUGAUGUAAUUUUAGCAUCACGCACAAUGCUAUGAUGUAAUGUCGUUUCAGCCUUUACUGAUAAACAAAUUUUCACUGACCGCAGCUUUAUUCCCCCCCCCCCCCAGAACUCCCAAUUCUGCCUCCCCUGGAGAAACAGUCCCUUACAUCGACCAUAGUUCACAAACGACCCGCUUUCAGCCUUGGCGUCUCUCCUAGACUUGUGCGUCAAACUGCUGACCUUCGCAUCCUAAGCUUGAACAAGCACAGCUGGAGCCUGCCACACCUCGAUAAACGAUUAACAGAAACCCAACGAACGGAUCCACAACAAGAAGUUCACGCAAACAGAGACGACGCAAAUGUUCCAGGGACGGGGCAGAAAGACAACGAGGCAACCACAAAGCUGAAAGUAAUCCCACAAAACUGCCUAGGACAGCCGUAUCUAAGACGUCCCACAACGCAGCCAACCCAAUCCGUCCCACAGAACAGCGAUCUGUUUAAAAUAAUUUUGAAAGGGAAAGAACUAAAGCCGUUCUCGUUCAAGGGAGAUCAGCUGAAAGCCAUUCGCUUCUAUUCAUCUCAUUAUCCACUUCUGCUCAAGAAAUUAUUCGAUGGAUACCGGUCGCUACCCGGCUCUGCCAAAACUUUAACAGGAAGUGAUGUCAUUGAUGCGCUUCGAAUGACGAGCGCUGAAAAGCGAAUCCAGGAAAUUACGGCGUGGAUUGCAAGAAUGGAUGAAAGCAUUGUUCAAUUUGAGACAGACCCUGAGGACGAAGGAACCAUUGAAACUGUUCUAAGAUCUGAUCCUUUUGAUCCCAGACUUUGGUCCUGGAAUUUGAACAAAUUUAACCUUCCAGACAUAAAUUAAUUUUGUUGUACUCUGAUUAAAUUCAUCUUAAUUUCCAAAUAAUAAAAUUAUAUAAUUUAUUUAAAGUAAUAUUUAAAUUAAUAUACCCUACAAACUUUUUUUUUUCCCAUUUGAAUAGGGCCUAAAUUUUGUCUAAAUUAUAUUUCACCAGGAUUUCUUGGAAACUUGUGUUAUAAGAAUAGUAAUUAAACAAUAAUCUUACCUA